AUGUCUACAACCUCUGCUCUAUCACUUACUCCGUUGUCCACCCCCAUCGCGUCGUCGUCUCGUUCUGGCGCGUGGGCCAAGCAAACCUUACCGAGCCCGCCCCAAUGCAUAGCCCCGCAGCAGUCACCCUUUCUGAAGGCUUCUCUGGGAGCUCUGAGAUUCUAUGCGAAUGCAUAUCCUGCAGAGUAUACUAUCGGCUGUUCCCCCGAUAACGAACUCGUACUUUCUGGACCCUUCUCCCAGUAUCUCAGUAGGAAGCACUGCUCGUUAAAGUGGGAUGGGAUCUGCCUGACGAUCACGGACUUGCAAACUGUGAAUGGGACAUGGGUCAAUCUAGUACGCCUCUCUGAUGGAGAGGCUCGCGUUCUGAGGGACGAGGAUGUGGUCUAUUUGACUUUUGCCCCCUUCGGCCUGCGCUCGCGAGACGCGUGCAAGUCAACGCUUGCCCUUACGUAUCGCGAACAUACGUCUCCCGAUAUCUCUACCGCUCACUCUCCCAUCGGUUCCAUGGUAAGGGAGGCCAUGGACGAGUUCACUCGCAUACGUGGUCAUAUAAGGAAUACCCGACGGAUCAGAUCUGACAAGGAACAAGCUGUCGAUGCGACUUCUCCCAAGGAGCGAAUGCCGAUCUAUCGCGGUGUCCUUGACAGACCUGGUCGGGUCCGAACGCCGGUCUUGCCGCCUCCACGACCUUUGGAUCGCGAAGAGAAAACACCUUUCAUACCUGGCUGGCGGUGGGGAGUUAAAUUGACCUCGGAAACCGAAGGCAUGCGGCGCGACGACCCCAAUAUAAUCUAUGGCACGAGCCUCGUCAAUCUAUACUCCGGCUUCAAGCUUCCCGAACCAAUCAAGAGAUGGUCCUACUGCCAUCAUCUACCUGUAGGGCUUCACGAAGAUUGGCCUCUGAUUUCGUCCACACCGUACGGCUGCCGGUCAUCUUUGCCGUGGCGCAAGCGUCGGGAACGUUACCUGAAAUAUCUUUCAGACACUGGCCGUCCUGAUUUCGCUCCUGAUCAUUCGGGAAGUGUGCUCUCGGCCAGCAGAUAUGCCGACGUGCCACCCACACUACCAAGAGACAGCCCCAAACACCACACACCAGCCUUGGUGGACGACCAGAAGCAUAGCUCUCCGACGCUCUCGGCCCCGACGGACUCUGGCUCGUCUUCCCGCGCGUCAAAACGUCCUCGUGAGGAAGAUUACGCGGACGAGACGCGCAACAAGCGCCCGCGCAGUGAUGCUCGAUCUACAUCUGGUGGCCACCACGCUAUCACCGACGCCCGCCAGGAUGCACAAAGCAUUGCCAUGGACAAUAGCAUCAACCGUACAACGCCUAAGCGCAAGCGUCAGGCUGAUAUCGAGGACGCUGAUCAGCGCGCGUCGAAGCGGGUAGCUCGAUGUAUCGAGCGGCGGCCUUCACCUGGCGAUGCGACUCAUUACCGAACACCUGCAUCUAUCUUAUCAACGAGUGGGGGAACGCGGAGCGAGAACGAGGGCGGGAGGGGUGAGGGAGAGGAGGAAGGGUCUGAGGCGGAAGUGGAGAGAAUGGUUGAGGAUGCAGGAGCAGAGGGGGUAGAAGGGGAAACUGUGAUGGAUAAGUUCUUGGGUUGGUUCGGGAUCAGACGUGACUAUCCUCAGCGCUCACCAAGUACUAUGGUGGGAUACAUCUAG